UCCUUCUCUUCGCAGGAAUCUCCCUCUGUCAAAGACGGCCACUCCAAAGACUCCACUUCGAACAGCAGUGCCAUGGGGAAGGAAGGCAAAGAUGGUGCUGAAAGGCAGCAGCAGUCACCAGAUGCUUUGGAAUCGUCACAGUUGGAGGAGGAGGUAGAUGAGCUAUCCCUUAUCGACCACAGUGAAAUUAUGGCUAGGUUAACACUGAAGCAAGAGGGAGAUGAUGGGCCAGAUGUUCGUGGUGGAUCCGGAGACAUUUUGUUAGUGCAUGCAACAGAGACCGACAGGAAAGAUCUGGUGCUGUACUGUGAAGCCUUUCUGACUACAUACAGGACAUUUAUUACCCCUGAAGAGCUUAUCAAGAAGCUGCAGUACAGAUAUGAGAAGUUUUGCCACUUCCCAGACACAUUUAAGAAGCGAGUCAGUAAGAACACCUUCUUCGUGCUGGUGCGAGUGGUGGAUGAGCUGUGCUUAGUGGAGCUGACGGAGGAAAUUCUCAAGCUGCUGAUGGACCUGGUCUUCCGACUGGUCUGCAACGGGGAGCUGAGCCUCGCCAGAGUGUUACGCAAGAAUAUCCUUGAUAAAGUGGAUCAGAAGAAAAUGCUGAGCUACGCCAAUUCCAUUAAACCUCUUGCAGCCCGUGGGGUGGCAGCCAGGCCAGGAACCCUGCACGAUUUCCACAGUCAUGAAAUAGCCGAGCAGCUGACCCUCCUAGAUGCUGAACUCUUCUAUAAAAUUGAGAUCCCAGAAGUUUUGCUUUGGGCAAAGGAGCAAAAUGAAGAGAAGAGUCCCAACCUGACACAGUUCACAGAGCACUUUAAUAACAUGUCCUACUGGGUCCGUUCAAUAAUUAUGCUACAAGAGAAAGCCCAAGACCGAGAGAGGCUGCUCCUUAAAUUUAUAAAGAUUAUGAAGCACUUACGAAAGCUGAAUAAUUUUAAUUCCUAUCUGGCCAUUCUUUCUGCACUGGAUUCUGCACCCAUCCGAAGGCUGGAGUGGCAGAAGCAAACCUCAGAGGGCCUGGCUGAGUACUGCACACUGAUUGACAGCUCCUCGUCCUUCCGCGCCUACCGAGCAGCUCUGGCCGAUGUGGAGCCUCCCUGCAUACCUUACCUAGGCCUGAUUCUGCAGGACCUGACCUUUGUUCAUCUGGGAAACCCUGAUUACAUUGACAACAAAGUGAACUUUUCCAAGCGCUGGCAGCAGUUUAACAUCCUGGACAGCAUGAGGUGCUUCCAACAAGUACAUUACGACAUCAAAAGAAACGACGACAUAGUGUCAUUCUUCAACGAUUUCAGCGACCACCUGGCUGAGGAGGCCUUGUGGGAACUGUCCCUCAAAAUCAAACCUCGGAACAUUACGAGGCGGAAAACAGACCGAGAAGAGAAAACCUAG